GACUGGCGUUAGUAUUGAGCAAACUAUUUAAGGAAUAAAACGUGAACCCGCUUAAUUUUUAGUUUAAGUAGAAGAAAUGAAAAAAGAAUAAAAUAUGUUUUAAUUAAAAAGAAAUUUCUUUGUGUCGUUUUGUGUUUAAUACUAAGUGGUCAGUUUAAUUAAUAGAAAAAAAUAUAAAUAAACAAUUUAGAAGUUGUUUAAAGUAAGAAAAAUUAGCUUAAAGAAAAAAAGUCUACAAGAUAAUAGUUCAAUUAAAACAAGUGCAAAAGAAGUGAUGAAAAUUGCAGAAACCAAUAAAAAAGCAACGAAGUGUAAAACAUCUUUAAGCAAUUAAGGAACGAAAAAAAAACAAAUACAAAAAAUCUUUAAAUAAAUAAUAAGCCGGUUAGAAUUUAAUUUUGGUAUGAAAUAAAGAAAUGUUAAAAGAAAAAUUUUAAAAAACAACAAAGUUUAUAAACAUAUUAUCAACAAAAAAACACAAGUGUGGCUAAUGUGAAAGAAAGAAAACAAACUAGAGCGUUUAAGAAACACCGACAAACCCCACCCACCCUUUACACUUCAACCUGGUUUCCGUGGUUUCAUUUAACCAAAAAAAAACUUAUAUACAAAACAAACAAAAAGAAAGAAAAUAAAUACAAAUAAAAAACGUAACAUAAGAAAAAACGCCAAAAAUUUAUAAUAUAAUAAAAAAGGAAACUAAAAUAAAAAUUGCGAAAAAAAGAAGAAAAAUUUUACAAGAUGACAUCGUAUAUUGAGCUGUUCGGUUUGAUUGUUUUACUAAUGUUGCCAUUUCUAUAUGAAACCAGUCAUAUAUUUCGUUAUUAUUUUAAAUUUUUAAUCUAUUAUGGACUCGUGUCCUUCAAUUCGAUUGUGUUGAUACCGGCUUUCAUGUGUCGACCCUGUGAUGUGCGUAAUUUACUUUGGGCCAGUACUUUUUGUCAUCGAAUAACAACUCUAAUUGGCCUGAGAUGGGAGCUAAGAGGCAAAGAACAUUUAGAAAAGGAUCGUGCUUGUAUAAUUGUGGCAAAUCAUCAGUCCUCGUUGGAUGUUUUAGGCAUGUUCAACAUUUGGCACGUUAUGGACAAAUGUACAGUGGUGGCUAAACGUGAACUAUUCUAUGCCUGGCCCUUUGGUUUGGCCGCCUGGUUAGCUGGUCUCAUUUUCAUCGAUCGUGUGCGUGGCGAAAAAGCUCGUGAUACCUUAAAUCAAGUCAAUAGUAAAAUUAAGAAACAGAAAAUCAAACUCUGGGUAUUUCCCGAGGGAACACGACGCAAUACCGGCGAUAUACACCCCUUCAAAAAGGGCGCCUUUCACAUGGCCAUCGAUGAACAAAUACCCAUAAUGCCCGUGGUCUUUAGCUCAUAUUGUAGUUUCCUCAAUGAUAAAAAGAAAAUUCUGAAUGCUGGUAAUAUAAUUUUAACCACUCUACCGCCAAUAUCUACCGAAGGACUAACCAAAGAUGAUUUACCCGAACUAAUGGAAAAGGUACACAAAGUAAUGCAGGAAACUUUCAAACAAACAUCAAAUGAGGUGCUGCAACGUUAUGCAGCAAAUGCCAUAACAAAACCAAAAAAAUCCACCAUAGAAACCACUCCCGUUAAACAAACAAUAGCAAAUUCAUCCACAGCACUGCUGACCGGAUCAGCGGAUAUGCUAACAAAUUCAGCCGCAAAGGCUACAAAUUCAUUAAGUUGUGAUUUUAGUUUGAAAACUUCGCAUAGUGACACAAGUCAAGCGGAAGAUAUUGUAAAUAAUACAGAAACAGGUGCAACGACAUUAACAGCAGCCGAUAAAGAAGAGGCGUUAACAGAUUUUAAGGACCCGGUUAUAACAAAGACUCAAGCUUUAGUGCAUUAAGAAAUUCCCAUAAAACUUACACAAGUUACUUUAAUAAAUUAAGCUACACCGAGGGGACAGGCAGGUUAAUGACGUAUUUGUUUUUUUUUAAAUAGGCCUAAAAAUUUUGACGGGUUUAAGAUCACAUGUUGCAAAAAAUAGAAUAAUAUCAAAUAGAUUUUCUUUUAAGCCAUAAAUGUUUCCAACAACUUUUUAUCAAACUGACAAUCUUUUUAACAAUAAAUAUUUAUAUAUAGGCUAGAGUCGAGAUCAUUAUAUAGAUUUUAGAAUAGCCUAAAUUCUGGACUAUAGAAUAUACUAAAGUCUGAACUAUGGAAUAGACUAGAGUCUGGACUAUGUAAUAGACUAGAGUCUGGACUAUAGAAUAAACUAGAGUCAAGAUUAUAAUAUAGUUUAAAAUGUGGGUUAUAGAAUAAACUAGAGUCUGUACUAUAGAAUAGACUAGAAUCUAAACUAUAGAAUAGACUAAAGUCUAGACUAUAGAAUAUGUUAGAGCCUGAACUAUAGAUUAGACUAGAAUUCAGACUACAGGAUAGACUAGAGUCUAGACUAUAGUAUAGACUACAUUCUAGACAAGAGUCUGGGCUAUUGAAUAAACUAGAGUCUAGACUGUAGUAUAUACUUCAGUCUAGACGAGAGUCUGGACUAUAAAAUAAGCUAGAUUCUAGACUAUAGAAUAGACUAGAGUCCUGACUGUAGAAAAGACUUUAGUCUGGACUAUAGAAUAGACUA